AUGACAAGCGAAGAGCACGCGAGGCACAAGCCGACGUGCUGGCCCUCUUCGGCACCACGGGACUGCACGAAGAGAACAUACUCAGAGCGAUGGAAGAAGAGCAGAGGAAUACGCGUACGAAGGCGAUCAAGCGGCUUCGAUCACAGCGUGUGGCGCGGUUCAAGAGUGACCUUCGACGACGCAUUGAUGCUGCUGGGCAGGUCUUCGACGACAGCAUGGCCGAAGACUUGGAAAUUUUGGACCGCGUCUUCGCGGACAGCGAGGCCGGCGAGGGAGACACCACCGCCGUCGAUGAAGCAGCGAUCGUGGCCGAGGUGCAGCCGGCCCCCGAGGAAGAGGGCUGCGAUGAGACAAGACAAGAAGAAGGAGGAGGAGGGGGAGAAGAGGUUGAGCCAGCAGCCGAUUCGAUUGUACAGGAGGAUGCCUCAGUCAAGGGAACCGAGGGCAACGAGAGAAGCCAAGGGCAAGGAGCGAGUGCAUGAGUGGGAGGCGACCAUCGAAGCAGCCCUGCUGGCUGCCCACCGCGGGGACUUUGACGAAAGCAAGGUGGUGCGCGAGCACGAACGGAGGAAGACCCGCUUUGGAAGCGAACUGGCGCAGCAGAUGCGAAAUCUGGAGCUCAAGACGGAUGAGAUGCGGCGCGAGCUUGAGGGCGUCGAGGGCUACGCUCCCUUCUGCCCGUCUUGCUUCCGGCCCAUCGUGGCCCCUUGCCUCUGCCGCCUCGACGAUGGUUCCUCCGACCUCGCCACCAUCAGCCCGUGA